AUGAAGAUUGACUUUUUCUCCGCUCUAUCCAAGCCAGGAUACGAGUGCCUCGAUUUCGACGAUACAAGCCAACUAAGCCAGCAGCAGAGGCAGGAAGUACUUCCAUAUGUAUGCAAAGGUCUGUUUCUACUGCUUGCAGCAAUCGACUACAAGUACAGCCGCAUACCAGCCGACAAGCGCCUGCGUCAUGACUUGUAUACCUGGGCUCAAGACAACCUUGGACACCAGUUUCCCCAAGGAGGACAAUCCCUAGAAGCAAUAGUGCAACUCGCCGCCGAAUCAGCAGAAUACUUUUACGCUCAUUGCUCGCAUGAGACAAAGCUCAUAAUGGCCAUCGGGACCUCUAUCAUGACCUUAACCGAUGAUGAUGAGCUCCUCGAUCCAGAUGAACGCAAUCGCUUGUCAUCCUUCUGCUGUAAUGACGGCCACAGCCCACCGGACGCAACUCCCUGGACUGCCAUGCUCACUCAUGGCUUACAGUUAAACGCCGAGUACCUUGGUUCUCAUGACCCACUAGUUGGGGGCCUUAUGGCAAAUUCAUAUCGGUUGUUCGUCGAGGCCUGCUCAAUUGAAUACCGCAUGCAGAGUGAAAUGCCUUUUCAUCUCACCAGUCACACUGGGCCACACCCAAUUGACGAAGAGUGUGCCGUUGAAGCAUUCCCUCGGAACAUUCGUUCUACAUCCGGUGCUCCUCUCUUCUACAUAUGUCCAAUAUUCAAAAUAUCUAGCACCCAGGAAGUCCCCUACAAAUACUGGAUAAGCCUGGUUCCCAAGGUUUCUGAAUUUAUUAGUCACCUAAAUGAUGUCUUCUCGUGUCCGAAGGAGAUUCUGUCGGGCGAGACGUGGAACUACCUGUCACUGAGGACAAGAACCAAACGACAAGCAGGGAGAUCCUCUAGGUUCGGUUCGAAGUUAUGGACAUUCCGUGACAGCUUCUGCGAAUUACUUGAGAAUAUGCAGGAUACUACCCUCGCCGUAGAUAGGGCUUUCACGAGUUGCAUUUCCGCUGAUGCUAAUACAUCGGAACAGAGUGGUAGCAGUCAAGAUGAUCCAAAUGCAAAAUUAGCCGCAGAAUGCUGGUUCGCUUUUCGGCAGAACUACAUUUCUUGGCAUUUGCAGUGCAAAAGGUACGGUUUGGAUGGCCUUGAUGUUGAAAGAAACACUUACACAGCUGAAGAAUUGUGUGCACCGGAGUAUAAGCCACUACAUCUUGCUUAUGCUGGUGCGGCGGCUGCUUUCGUUUUGGUUACUUCUGCGUUAAGUUAUAGCUAUUCUUUUAUCUAG